UCCAAAUUCACCGACUGAUCUUCUCCCAAAAUCAAAAACAUCCCAAAACUACUCAUCCAACGGCUGAUCUGCUCCUCGCCGUUGCCGAAGAGGACGCCGCCGCCGCAGCUAGUCGCCGCCGCUUGAUCUGGAGUCGCCGCUGCUCGAUCUGGACUCGGGUUCGGCCGAUUUCGUCCUCUUCUCCGGCCGAUCCUUCUCUUCUCUUCUCUUCUCCGUUGAUGGCCGUGGGGGGAAGCGCGCUGAUGGCAGUUGGGGGAUGAGGGAGAGAUGGCGAGAAGAAUCUGAUCGCCAAAAGUGGCGAGGCAUUUCAAGGUUGUCAAAAAUUUGACGAGGCGAACUGACGAUAGCGAGCACUGCUGCAGCGAGAUUUCUGGAGAAUCUCGCCAAAGAUAGCUUUGGCGAGCUGGAGAAGAGGCUGCUGGAGAUAAUUCAGGAUGUUCUAUAAUGUGGAAUCUAAACCCUGGCAAAAACCCUACUUCGUCUGGAAGCCCAAGUGAAGAAGCCUGGCUUUUGCAGAACGACACCACAAAGAGGAAGCCUCGUUACCGUCGCCGCCGCCGCGAAGCUUUCUUAUAUCUCUUGCUUCUGCCUCUGGUGAUUUGGGCGGUCUCUGUCUCCUCUUUCUUCACUGCUUUUUGUUACUUGUUUUUCUGUCUCGCAUUGUGGUAGUGUUCCUUGGGAGUAUUAAGGUUUGAGUUGCAGGUUUCUGUUUCUUUCCAAAUCUGAGAAAUUGGUGUUUGGGGGUUUUGAUGAUUGAAGGACUUGGCAGAGUUGGGUUCAUCCCCUGAAGAACGAUGUUCUUGUUCAAGUUGAAUCGAUCAAACCCCAGGAAGUUACUAUUUUCUUCUCGACCAUCGGUUUUUUCCUUUUCUAAAUCUCCUGCUUAUUAUGUGUACACCCAGAACUGUAGCUAUGUGGAUGUGUACAUGAAAUGGAAGAAAGACCCCUUCUAUGACUCGAUUGAGUCCAUCCACAAAUCCAUCGAACUCAAGCCCUUAAUCGCUCUCAAGAACUGUAUCACGGCCGCCCCCAGUGGAUGCAUCCCCAUCUCUGCCGUGUCAAAGAGAGGCAAAGAAUUAGGGUUACCCUCGGCCAUGAAGGUUGCUAGGUUCCUUAGGCAAUACCCAUCUGUUUUCGAGGAGUUUACUGGACCCAAUUACAAUCUGCCGUGGUUUAGGCUGACUGCAGAAGCUGUCCAGCUUGAUAGAGAGGAAUGUGAGGUUUAUGAAGGCUGCAAGGCUGAUCUUCAAGUGAGGCUGAAGAAAUUGGUGUUGAUGAGUGGUGAGAGGAGGCUGCCAUUGAAGAUAAUUCAGGGGAUGCAAUGGUAUCUGGGCUUGCCAGAUGAGUUUCUGCAAGACCCGGAAAGGAAUCUUGAUGAUGGGUGUUUCAGGGUUGUGGAGAUGGAAGAUGGGUUGAAGGGAUUGGCUGUAGAGAGUGAAGAAAAAGUUUUUUCAGUAAUGCAGAAAAAUGCGAUUAAGAGAGGUGGAUAUGGUGGAGGUCCAAGGGAGGCAAUUGGAUUUCCCCUUUUUCGGUCCAAGGGUUUGAGGUUGAAGCAGAAGAUUUUGAAUUGGUUGGAUGAGUUUCAGAGCCUUCCAUAUGUGUCACCGUAUGAGAAUGAUUUGGGUUUGCAUCCGGAUGGUGAUAUUGCAGAAAAAAGGGUUGUGGGUGUACUUCACGAGCUGCUCAGUCUCUUCGUUGAGCAUGCUGCUGAGAGGAAGAAGAUCCUCUGCCUCCGGAAAUUCCUGAGAUUGCCCCAGAAAAUGCACAAGGCAUUUGAGCGGCAUCCAUAUAUCUUUUAUUUGUCUUUGAGGAACAAGACUUGCACAGCAAUAUUGAAAGAAGCUUACUCUGAUAAGUCAUCUACAGAGGCUCAUCCUCUGUCAAGGGUGAGAAAAAGGUACAUUAGUCUGAUGAAGGAAUCUGAGGUUAUUUUGAAAAGUAAAAGGGUGAAUAAUCAGUCCAAUGACCAUGGAAACUUGCGUCCACCAUUGGACUUGGAUUAUGAAGAAGAGAACAGAACUGAAAUGGCAGAAGGUUCUAUGUAGAUGUGACAUUCUUAUAACAUAUGAACCAGGCAUCUUAAGUUCCAUUGAAGUGGGACUAGUCGAGCAUCAAGAUCGAUGAAAUGAUAUUAAUGUCUUUGGACUGAAUUUAACAAAACAUGUUGACAUUCAUUUGCUAGCUAAUGUCAUGGAAAUGUUGUGUCAUCUAUGCUGACACUGAUUUGCCAACAAAUAUGGGAUGGAUAUAUCAUGCUCCUAGUGGUUAUCAAUCAGGCAAGUUGCAGCAGAGCACCCUGGGGAAUGCCUUUGCUUGGCACCUGCGGUCUAAUUGAAGUAAAUGUUGUUUACACAGGAUGGCUUUGGAGAGAGUAAUGAUACAAUACAGCCUCGUCCUCUGGGCUGCCCAUUUUGGCCUCCCCUCCCCUCGGUUGCUGCAUCAUUAUUCUUUUCUUUUGUAAUCGGAACAAAUAAUUUAAUUUUGGCAUAAGGCAUAAACAUGCCCUCCAAGUUAUGCCUAAUAGCUAUUUGUGCCCCUGAAAUUGAAUGGGGACCUAUCAUGCCUCUGAAGUUCUAAUUUUGAUCCUAUUACACACAUGAAAUCUCAAAUGCGUGCUUGUGACUUACAUGCGCUUGGUUAAAACCCUAUCACAUAACUGGGCCGGCAGAGCUGGCCGGCGGCAUGGGAGGCUAGCGGUCGCGGGCAGCAGAUGUGGGUGGGCAGCGGCAGGCCGGCGAUAGCAGCGGUGUGGGUGGCAGAUUUGGUCACCGGCGGUGUGGGAGGCAAGCGAUUGUGUCGCUCGCUCGCCUUCCUCGUGCUGGUGGAGACGAAGAAAGCACUCCACUUUCUCUCUCUCUAUCUCUCUCUCUCUACAUUACCAAAUUACCAACGGAUAUGGCUAGUGGUAGCCGCUGGCGGUCAACCUCUCCGGUGAAGGCACCGCAGUUAUUCAAGAUAAUAAACUCCUCGGUUGUUCAUCAGAAGUUGGUAUUGCAUUAAUAACCAUAAUGCAUAUACAUAUAUAUGGAUAAUUAGAUAAUAUUUAUGCAUUGUUUAUAUUAGUUUUGGAGCAUUCAAGAUGUUAUUUUAUGUUUUAAACAUCACGAAAUGUAUAUAUUUUAUUUAUAAGACGCGUUUCCCUGCUUCAGUUUACUUCCAGUACUUUGAAGGAUUUUCAGGAGAAACCGUUUACUGCUUAGUACUUAGGAUACGCCAGAAUUUGUACAUUUUGUGCAUACACACUGUCAACUGUAUGGAUAAGCUGUGUUGCAGUGCAGCACCUCUUUGUUUCUGUUUAGAUAUUAGUCAUUUCGCCCCCACGUGCGUAGCACGGUUGGUUUUCAAGUAGCAAAUUAUACCCAAUGAUGCAGAUUCGAGUCAUGGCAGCCGCAGUGUGGGAGUUUCAGCCUUCUGUGGGGUGGCUUCUUGUGGG